UACAUCGUUAUGUUUCUUAUAUCGCUGCGGAUAUCAACUUUUAAGAAAUGUAAAAAUGUAAAUUGCAACAUAUAAAAAUUAUUGUAAAUAACCAAAAACAACGUGCACAAUACACAGUCAAUGUGAAUGGUGUGCGCGCAAAGCAGCCGCAAACGCAACAAUAAUCAAAACAACAAAAACAAUAGCAACGACAACAGACUUCGUAGUUGUCGUAGCCCAAUUGCAAUUGCAACAAUUCGAUGAACAACUUCACAUUCAUAUCCAACAAACAGAAAACGGAAACUAAUAGAAGCAGAAGAAGAGUGCAUUUGUUUUAUCGUGUUGUUGUGGUGCAGAAUGGAACAGGAUUCCUCAACUGAGCUGCAUCUGAGCAGAAUACGUGAAGUGAAAGAUUUGGCCGCAUUAACCGACGACGUGCGCGAUGUUGUGAAAGAAGAGGUCACAUUAGAGAAUCACCAUCAUCAUCAGUUGGAUACGAAAGUUCGCAUGGUCACAUCCUCCUCAAACGACAACAGCGGCAGCGGCGGCGGCAACAACGGCGGUGCGAGUGGCGGUGGCGGUGUUGUAUCAGUGCCCGUAUCAUUGCCAAUCGGUUCGAUGAUAACUGGAACAGCCUAUAAUGUGAUUACGCCCGAUCAGCUGCCGCACUUUAAACCGGUGCUGUGCGUCGACAACAAUGGUUACCUGUCCAGCAGCACGGUCAGCAUGGGCGCUGACCUAAAAACGAUUGUCAUACAGCAGCAGCAGCAGCAGCAGCAAACACAGACGAGCGUUAGUAGUAACGCCGGCAACACAAACACCACCGCCACAAAUACCAUUGGACUGAAUCACGAUGGCUCUGGUAGCAAUAAUAGCCAUGACAGCAUGAACACACUGGAGCAUGCUGCUGGCGGUGGUGCUGGGAACACAACUGGCUCCACCGGCUGGGCGGAAACAACAUCCAGUACACAGCACAUGGAGGUCUUCCCGAUACGCUGUAAAACGACUUCCGCCGAACUAUAUCGCAGCAAACUGGGCUCUGGAGGACGAGGACGCUGUGUCAAAUAUAAAGACAAGUGGCAUACGCCCAGUGAAUUCGAACACGUCUGUGGUCGUGGCUCGAGCAAGGAUUGGAAACGGUCCAUCAAAUACUGUGGUAAAUCGUUGCAGUCCCUCAUUGAUGAGGGCACUCUAACGCCACAUGCAACCAACUGCAGUUGCACAGUCUGCUGUGACGACGAAGCAGGUGAGUCAGCUUCUGGUCCUGUACGUCUAUUCACACCGUAUAAGCGACGAAAGCGGAAUCAAACCGAAUUGGAUGUGGAGCCUGGGCCCAAACGCAAACGCAAUACACAUAGCAACAAUAAUAAUAACAACACUAGCAACACUAACAACAACAAUACAAGUGGCAGCAGCAUCAACAACAACAUCAGCAACAAUAUGGACCCAACGCAAGCAACCGCCACCAGUGUUGUGGAUGAUAACAACAUGUUCUUAGCGGAAGACAACAUAACGUCCAAGGAUGAACCAUGGGCGGCGCUCAAUGACAGUUUAGAUACCUCCACCGAGUUGGUUGACCAAACGCAAAUGGGCAAUCCAUAUGAGCGCGAAACGUUUGUGGUUAACAUCAACGAUACGGGCUCAAUUGCCGUACUGGAUGGUAGUCAAUCGAUGAAGAACAUCGAGCACGUCUACUGCACCAUGGUCAAGGCAACUAACGAUUUCAAACGCCUGCUCAACGACAUUAAGCAGAACUACGAGCGACGGAUCGAGGUUCUGCAAAAGGAGCGCGAUGCAGCGGUCUCAGCGAUGCGUGUCCAGGUCCACACAGACAUCGAUGAUCCCAACAUAUCGGGCUCAUUGCAUGGCAACGAGAUCAUAUCGGCAAAGAAGUGCGCCAACUGCAACCGGGAAGCGCUAGCCGAGUGCUCGCUGUGUCGAAAGACGCCGUAUUGCUCGGAGUUUUGCCAGCGUAAGGAUUGGAAUGCUCAUCAGGUGGAGUGCGCAAGGAAUCCACAAACGACAACGCAACAGGUCAUGUUAUUGAUCGAUGAUCAGUCCUAAGCAACGUAACGAAUUGUAAAUACAAAUUUUACUACUAAUUAAUAUAUGAUUAUGCAAGGCUCCUAUCCCAAUCAGAUAAAACAAAUUCCUUGUCCAACCAGUAGACGAGACCCCUCUCCCAAUAUCCUUAGCAAGCCCUCCCAUUAGACUUAUGUCCUAUUAUAAUGUAAUUCUUAAAGUAUAUAUAACUAUAUAAAUAUAUAUAUGUAUAUAUAUUUAUAUAUACAUUUUACUAUCGACCGUAGAAAAGAAAAAAAAAACGAAAACAAAAAAAAAAUCCAAAAAAGAAGGAAAGAAAAAGUAAUCCGAAAAUUUGUAGCAAGCGUAAAUCAAAGCGAGCGUCCAUAAUGGACAACUUAGCAUAGCAUAAAUGGGAAAGUUUAGCUACAAUUUGAGAUAACGCAACAAAAUCCGAAAAACUUUACCAUGUAAUUCAAUUUAAAUUAAAUUAAUAAAUAGUUGCAAAGCGCAUAGCAUAACUAACAAAGGUCCCACAAAAAAAUAAAAAUAAAUUAAUUAAUUAAAAUCAAAAAACAAAAUCCCUCGAAACAAAUCCCCUCAUUCCCUUCUCUGCUUGACAACUUUUUGCAUAAAACGAAAGUAUAAAAGUAAGAAAAAAAUUAAGAAAUAAAACAAAUAAUAAGAAUCAACCAAAAUCGAGAGAAUAAGAGGAAAUACAAUACAUAUUCGUCUAUGUAUACAUUUUUCAUUAGACACUAAGCACAUAGUUAAACUUUUAACAUUUUACGAUUAUAAUUUUAUGGAUCUACUGCCCGUCGUUACAAGCAUCCAAUAAAGAUUUCAAAACAAAACAAAAGAAAAAUAAAAUAAAAAUAAAAACGAAACGAUGUGAAGAAAAACCAAACAAAA